AUCUGUCGAAGAACAACAUCCGAUUUAGAGCUAGCAUUACCUGUUGGAGAAGUGAUUUGUCAACAGCACUAAAAAAAUGUGGAAAGUUGGUCGCAGUUUGACCGCUCGUUUUUCAUAUGCAAAAAGUCUACAAGCCUUAGGAGGUCGUAGGUCGAACCAGACAGCCACGACUGGCGUUCCAACAAAGAAAUACGAAAAAGUAUUGCGUGAAAGCAGCGAGAGGUCUUUACCAACCGAAGCCGACGUUGUUAUCGUGGGAGGAGGUGCAGCUGGAUGUAGUACGCUUUAUCACCUGGCUAAAUUGGGUAUAACUAAUACCGUUUUAUUGGAAAUGCAUUCUCUAACCGCUGGCACAUCAUGGCACACGGCAGGUAAGUUGAAUCUUACUCAUUUCUUUGAAAGGCGGGGGAAAUUUAAACGAUUUGUUUGGGAAAAUACAGGCUUGGUAUGGAAUUUGAGACCGAACGACGUCGAAGUGGAAUUGUUGGUGAGAAGUAGGAAAUUGAUGGCUUCCCUCGAAGCGGAAACGGGCAUCGAUCCUGGUUGGAUAAACAAUGGUGGUUUGUUCGUUGCUUCCACUAACGAACGCAUGGACGAGUACAAAAGAUUAAUGACGCUUGGUAGGGCGUUCGGUGUCGAGUCUGAAGUUCUCAGCCCAAAGGAAACGAAAAAACUAUACCCUUUAAUGAAUGUAGAUGACGUCUACGCGACGCUUUACAGUCCCGCCGACGGCACUAUUGAACCGGCAGGCUAUUGUUCAGCCUUGACUAGAGCGGCCGCCAAAGCCGGCGCUCGAGUAGUUGAGGGUUGUUCCCUUACGGCAAUUGAAACCGUUGUCGAUGACUACGGUACUAGAAGAGUGCAUGCCGUUCAAACUAAUAAGGGACGGAUUCGGACCAACUGCGUAGUUAAUUGCGCGGGCGUAUGGGCUCCAUCCGUAGGGGAGAUGGUUGACGUAACAGUUCCUCUUGUCGCAAUGAAACAUGCCUAUGUUGUAACAGAAAAAAUUGAAGGAAUACGCCAAAUGCCAAACGUCCGAGAUCAUGACUUUUCCGUCUAUUUUAAAUUACAAGGUGACGCCCUUUGUAUAGGUGGUUAUGAACCGAAUCCACACUUUGUCGACAAAGUCGAUGAUGACUUCGCUUUCAGCCUGUAUGAACUCGACUGGGACAUCUUCACAUAUAACACUGAAGGUCAUGUGAAAAGAAUUCCGGUCAUAGAAAGUACUGGUAUUAAGUCGACAGUAUGCGGUCCGGAAAGCUUUACAGCCGACCACAAGCCGUUGAUGGGUGAAAGCGACCAAGUGCGCGGUUUCUUUUUGAAUUGUGGUUACAACAGCGCGGGUCUGAUGUUAAGUGGCGGAUGUGGGGAACAAAUGGCAAAAUGGGUCGUAAAGGGUCGACCAGAAUUAGAGAUGCACGGUUUCGACAUUAGGCGAUUUAACGCCGAAUUGACGCGAAACGCUCGCUGGAAUAAAGAGCGGAGUCACGAAGCGUACGCAAAGAAUUACAGCAUCGUUUUUCCGCAUGACGAGGCCUUAGCCGGAAGAAAUAUGCGUAAAGACCCUUUGUAUGAGGUGCUUUUGAAUAACGGAUGCGUCUAUCAGGAGAGGUUAGGGUGGGAACGACCGGGCUGGUUCGACAUUGAUGGAAAACCUUCACCGGUGCUAAAAUAUGAUUACUAUGGCUCCUAUGGAAAUAAACUGCACGAAAACUAUGAUUAUAAGGAUAAAUUGAUGUACGACUAUACCUUUGACUUUCCAAAUCAUCACGAAAUUAUUGGUCGUGAAUGCCGAACAGUCUACACUUGCAUGCUAAACAAUCGAGGUGGUGUUGAAAGCGAUUUGACAGUCAGUAUUAUAGAAGAUCAUCAUAGAAGUCUUUUCGAUCCAGUUACACAAGAUGGUCGCAUCUUUUAUGUUGCAAUUGGCGGGGGAGUUGCUCAAGCCGGUUUGUCCCAUAUUAAAUCAAUUUUGCAAGAUAAGAAACUCGACUGUCAAUUAAUUGAUGCUACGAACGAUUUAACGCUACUUAGUGUUCAGGGACCGAACAGCCGUGAUAUUAUGGAAAAAGUGUGCGAGGAUGACGUCGAUUUUUCUAACGAGGCGUUCCCGUUUGGUACUCACAAGGUCGUAAACGUCGCGGGUCACCAGUGUCGAGUAAUUCGACUGUCAUUUGUAGGCGAAUUGGGAUGGGAAAUUCACGCUCCGUCUUCCACCUGCCCUCACGUUUAUAAAGCUUUGAGAGAGGUUGGAAAAGAAAUGGGACUAUUAGACGCCGGCUACAGGGCAAUAGAUUCAUUGAGCAUUGAAAAGGGUUACCAUCAUUCUCACGCCGAUUUAAGGAGUGAUUAUACGGCUUUAGAAGCCGGGUUACGUUUCGCGUGUAAGCUCAAGUCGGACGUUGAGUUCGUGGGACGGGAGAGAUUGGAAAGACAAAUUGAGGGAAGGGAACGGAUACUGGGUAGAUUGACGUGCUUCACAACAGACAAGAAAAUUCCUCUUCAUGGUCUUGAGGCUAUCUACCGAAAUGAUAAAGUAGUUGGCUUCUUGUGUAGAGCAGACUACGGCUUCUUCUUGAAGAAAACUAUAGGAUACGGCUACGUAUCCGGUGAAACGAUCGAUGAAAAGUACUUAACGGAUGCCGAUUAUACGAUAGAGCAUUUGGGAAAACGCUAUAAAGCUGAUCUACACUUACGAAGCCCGUUCGACCCGGCAAACAAUAGAAUUCGAGGCAUUUACUAA